AGCGACAGAUGCAUGACGGGGAUUGAAUCAUGGCGGCUCAGAGGAGCAGCAGCAGAGGUAGCGCUUUUGUAAACAGAAACACACCGCCUCCUCUGAGUAAAUCCGUUCGGAGCUCAGCGGUUCUGACUGAGUCCUCAGAUCUUAUGUGUGUCUGAUUAACGGUGCUGAACGGACCGGAUGUUACCGCUGACCGGCAGCUGCCUACCUUAGCUUAGCAUGCUAGCCGGCAGCAGCGCACCGGUGACGGAGCUGAGCGGCGCAGCGGCAAUUUGAAGGACAGCAGGCGGUGUAGAGACGCAGCAAGUGGAGGGAAAAUGUCCAGGAUCCAGGUACUGACGGUGGCGGGAAAACCGGCUGAUGGUCCAACCGGAGGGUGGCCGUAUUCUCAACUUUACGAAGUCCAGCAGAUGUUGGUGAAUAAAGAAGACCAGGACCAGGAGGACCCAGAGCUGCUUCACAUUAAGGAGGAACAGGAGGAACUGUGGAGCAGCCAGGACGAUGAUAUCAACAUGUUCAUCUUCAGUCCUGUCCUUGUGAAGACUGAGGAUGAUGAAGAGAAACCUCAGUCACCACAGCUUCAUCACAGCCACACUGAGGAGAACAGAGACUCUGUGGAAGAACCAGAACCAGAUUUACAGCCUGAAGACAGAACCUCAGACUCCUCAGAGACGGAUGACAGCGAUGAUGACUGUACUGAAACCAGGGAGCCUGGUUUAAACUCUGUGAAACAUCACCAAGACUCCUUCACAUGCUCCGACUGCGGUAAAAUGUUUGUCCACAAGACGAAUCUGAAACGACACAUCAAGUGCCACAAUGGAGAGAAACCGUUCAGCUGCUCGUUCUGUGGUAAAAACUUCUCUCGGAGGGAACAUCUGAUCGCUCACAUGAGAUGUCACUCAGGAGAGAAACCGUUCAGCUGCUUGGUUUGCAACAACAGUUUCAGCCACAGCUGGUCGCUGGACAAACACAUGAGAGUCCACAGUGGGGAGAAACCAUUCAGCUGCUCGCUGUGCAGCAAGACUUUCAGGCAGCGCUCGGACUUAGCGGCACACUUCAGGAUUCACACGGGGGAGAGACCCUUCUCCUGUUCAGUUUGUAGCAACAGUUUCACUCAGCGUCACACUUUGGUUCAGCACAUGAGGAUCCACACUGGUCUGAAGCCUUUCACCUGUUCAGUCUGCGAGAAAAGAUUCUCACGAAAGGGACACAUGACGAGACACAUGGCAGCUCACACAGGGGAGAAACUAUUCAGCUGUAGCGGUUGUGAGCAGAGAUUCACGUGGCAGUCGCAGUUUAAAAGACAUGAGUGUGGUUCAGAGACCAGCAGCUCGAAGUGAAGCUGCAGCAGAAACGUUUUCCUGCAAACCUCUAAGAGCAGGUACAAUAAAUUUUCUAGAGAACCAAGUCUGAUGUUCUGUCUUUUGUGAUCAGUCCUGAGCAGCAGAUGUUUUAAUUUUAAGUCAGCCCCUCCUCACAGUUUUGAAGAAGUAGUUCUACUGUUUUUAAACUUAGCAUCUGAGAGAUGAGACUGUUCUUAUGUGGGUAUAAGAAAGUUGUUAUUUUAGUUUGGCAUAAAAACCAGAAACAGGACGAAGCAGCUUGUCAGACUGUUUAAGAAUCCACUGUUGAAAUUUACCAGUUAGCAUCUUGUGUCAGUUGUUAAACCCUUUGAACUCCCAAAAUCCUGGAGAAUUUGAAAGGCAUGUUAUUUUUUUUAAUUGUACAAAUUUUACAAAAUGACACCAUUUAUCAGAGCCAGAAACUGUAAAAAAAAAAAAGAAACAGAAAUAAUUGUUGAAUUUUGAACUUUUCUGAUGGUCCUAUUGUGUGAUUUCUGGUUUCGUCUGGAAAAUUUCCUAAAUCUAAACUUAAAAUCAUGUUGAUUAUUUCAUCAAAUCACUUUAUUCUACAUGUCUCAUUUUUAUAAUUGCCAACAGUAAACUAUUCGCAGUAGCCAGAUUCUAUAAAGAAUAAUGAAAUAAUAGAUAAUCUCGGUGCAGCUAUGUAGCAGAAUAAGUCAUUGUAGGGGAAUCUUUACAGCAUCUAUUGUGCAUUGUGUAUUAGAGUACCAGAAAAAAACAAGCAAGAUACUGUCCCUUCGUUAUCUGCAAGUUUUUACAUGUCGGUUCAGAUAACUAGAUUAACAUUUUCAUGACAAUUGAGUGUUAUUUUCCUCAAAAAACAGUAAUAACAGUAAUUCUGGCUUCAAUCAACAGCAGUUUCAAAAUGUCAAGCUCUAACAUUGCUUUGAGGUUUAUAAAUGAAAAUGCCUCUCAUGUAAUGUGGAUCUGUUUCACUGGGUUUGAUCUUGGAAUUAUUCUUAAAGAUCCUCCUGAGUGUUGUGCUUCAGAGUUGCUCAAAUGUAUUUGGCUUUGUUUGUGGGUCUUAUACUGAAUCUGUUCAGUACAUUAGUGCUAUUAAAUCAUAUUUCAAUAUUUUGUUUUGAGAUUAGUUUUCUUCUGUAAAUUUACUAUUAUUAGUAACUUGAGAAUGUUGUAAAUAAAAGACUGGACUUAUGA